AAGCACGACUGGACAAAAGCGUUGAAAUCGUGUGUUGAGAUCGGUUGAGAGGUGUUUGUCUUGUUUUUAAUACUACUUCUCGUCUCUAAGCGUGCCAAGACAAAGGCAUCAUCUGGGUGUCUAUGUGCGUCAACAACUACAACAGCUAGAGAAAAAAAGGAAAGAUAUCAACUCAAAAUUAUAAUGAAGUCAUCGCCUCCGUCCUUCGGCGGAAGCAGCUCCCGGCUUUCCAAUUAUAGCCGUACAUUUGACUUGCCCGAUGAUCUUGACUCCGGUGCCUCCAGUGACUGCGAGCUUGGCGGUGCAAUGUUGCCAAUAUUUCUCAACGACCUCAGAAGAAACAACCAGCAAGACUUAGUUGAGGUCACUCUCGAGCUCGAUAAUGACUCCAUUGUUGUUUGCAGUGUUAAACCUAAUCCUACCUCAGUUACGUCGGAUCCUGGAGGUGAAGUUGAUGGUGACGUCACGGGGAUUUUACAGAGGAGUUUAUCGGCGACGUCGAGGAUUCGGAGGAAGUUUGGGUGGUUGAAGUCGAGAUCCUCUCGGACGACUUCAUCAGAGAUUGAAGACAAGACAAUUUCGGCGCGAGACGCGAGGAAAAUCAGAGCGAAACUACAACGGACGAGAUCAGGCGCACAGCGAGCACUUAAAGGACUGAGGUUUAUUAGCAAGACUACAGGAGCAUCCAACGACGCUAACGAGUUGUGGAGACGAGUCGAGUCCCGGUUUGACUCACUUGCUAAAGACGGAUUGCUCGCCAGAGAAGAUUUUGGCGAAUGCAUAGGAAUGGUGGAUUCGAAGGAGUUUGCGGUUUGCAUAUUUGAUGCGUUAGCGAGGAGGAAAAGACGAAGGAUAUCGAAGAUCUCGAAAGAGGAGCUUCAUGAGUUCUGGUUACAGAUUACAGACCAGAGCUUUGACGCGCGCCUUCAAAUUUUCUUCGACAUGGUUGAUAGCAAUGAAGACGGAAGAAUAACAAGGGAAGAAGUGCAAGAGUUAAUAAUGCUUAGUGCUUCUGCAAACAAACUGUCCAAGCUCAAAGAACAAGCUGAAGAAUAUGCGUCCUUGAUAAUGGAAGAGUUAGAUCCCGAAAAUCUUGGAUUUAUUGAGUUAUGGCAGGUAGAAACACUUCUCCUGCAAAGAGACACAUACAUGAACUACAGCAGACCACUAAGCACAACAAGUGGAGGCUGGAGUCAGAACUUUAGUUCGUUCAGAUCCCAGAAUGUGGUCCGUAGGCUAAGCUUUAAAUUGUGGUGUCUAAUUCUAGAGAACUGGCAGAGAGUUUUGAUUUUAAUGCUGUGGAUGAUGACAAUGGCUUGCCUAUUCGCUUGGAAAUUUUAUCAAUAUAAGAAUAGAGCGGCAUUUCAGGUCAUGGGCUACUGUGUAUGCACUGCCAAGGGUGCUGCAGAGACUCUUAAGCUCAACAUGGCUCUAAUUCUUUUACCCGUUUGUCGAAACACACUGACUUGGCUUCGGUCUACUAGAGCAAGAUCCUUUAUUCCCUUUGAUGAUAACAUUAAUUUCCACAAGAUAAUUGCUAGUGCAAUAGCCAUUGGAGUCAUCCUUCACGCAGGAAACCAUUUACUUUGUGACUUCCCCCGUCUGAUAUACUCGUCUCCGGAGAAAUUUUCCUUGAUAGCAUCUGAUUUCCAUAACAAGAAGCCCACAUAUGAAUAUCUACUGACUAGUGUUGAAGGUGUUACUGGGAUUGCUAUGGUGGUACUAAUGGUCAUAGCAUUCACGCUAGCAACAAGCCAGUUCCGAAGGAAUGUGGUCAAACUGCCAGCGCCCUUCAACAGAUUGACAGGUUUCAAUGCAUUCUGGUACUCUCAUCAUCUUCUUGGUCUCGUCUAUGUUUUGCUGCUUGUCCAUGGGACCUUCCUAUUCUUAGCCCACAAUUGGAGUCAGAAAACAACGUGGCUGUAUGUCUCUGCUCCCCUGUUACUCUAUGUUGCAGAACGGAGUGUGCGAACAUGUAGGUCAGAGCAUUACUCGGUAAAAAUAUUGAAGGUAUCUGUUCUACCAGGAAAUGUCUUCAGCUUAAUCAUGUCCAAGCCACAAGGAUUCAAGUACAAAAGUGGGCAGUACAUAUUUCUACAAUGUCCUGCAAUUUCUUCCUUUGAAUGGCACCCAUUUUCAAUAACCUCGGCACCAGGAGAUGACUACCUCAGUGUUCACAUUCGGAUAGUGGGAGAUUGGACACAGGAGUUGAAGAAAGUUUUCACCGAGGUAAAUGAUUCACCAUCUGUUAUUGGUCGAGCCAUGUUUGGUCAACUUGGACAUGUGGAUCAAAGAGGCCAACCGAAACUAUGCGUUGAUGGUCCAUAUGGGGCUCCAGCGCAAGACUAUCAAAAUUACGAUGUCUUGCUCCUCGUGGGACUCGGAAUUGGAGCUACACCUUUCAUAAGCAUCCUUAGAGAUCUUUUAAAUAACACGAGAGCAGCAGAUUAUCAAACAGAUUACACUGAAACCAGUAGAUCAGACGACAGCUCAAACAGUUGUGCAUCUUCAACCGUGACACCAGGUAGCAAAAGGAAAACGCACAGAACUACAAAUGCUCAUUUCUACUGGGUUACAAGAGAACCCGGGUCAUUUGAAUGGUUUAAAGGAGUUAUGGAUGAUGUUGCAGACAUGGAUCACAAGGGUCAAAUUGAACUGCAUAAUUACCUUACAAGUGUUUACGAAGAAGGUGAUGCAAGGUCAACUUUGAUCACCAUGGUCCAAGCUCUCAACCAUGCCAAACAUGGUGUUGACAUCCUUUCUGGCACUCGAGUAAGGACACACUUUGCUAGGCCAAAUUGGAAAGAAGUGUUCACAAAAGUAGCUAAAAAGCAUCCAUUUGCCACAGUAGGAGUAUUCUAUUGCGGGAUGCCAGUGUUGGCAAAGGAGCUGAAGAAACUAUGUCAAGAGCUGAGUCACAAGACAUCCACAAGGUUCGAGUUCCACAAGGAACAUUUCUGAAACAAGAGGGAAAAUUAUUUCAAAUGUCAAGCUGCUGUUAUUAUUUUGUAAUUAUUAAAAUAAUUGAGAUAAAAAAAUAUAUAUACAUGCACACAUCUUAUAUUUGUAGCACAACUAAAUGUAAAUGCUUUUAUACACCAUUCAUCCAACAAUCCAGUCCAACAUGAUGGACAAUGGAGAGCUUCAAAAUGCACGCAAAGAAAAGAAAAGGGAAUUUUAUAGAAUUUCAGUUUUUGAACA